GUUCGCCCUCCAAACUUCUUCCGGCUUGUUCGAAGAAAGUGUCGCCGAAUCGUUCGACUUGGCAAGAAGGAAAGAAACAGGGCGAUAUUGUUCGUGAUUAUUGUCUCAAGGCAGCUCAUCCAUCUCCAAAGUAUUGAAUAUUCUGAAAGCAGGAACAAGGCGAUUACAGUGGUAUUCUUCUCAUUGUUCCAGAUUUUCUACAGAACUUACAGCAUUUACAGAAAGAAACUUCUGUAAUCUGCACC